UCAAACGCGGCGCGCUGGUGACGCAACGCUGCGCCGGAAGUGCGAGCCGUGGGCUGCUGGGUUCCGUUAUGGCGGCUGCUGGGGCACGCUGGAACCAUGUGUGGGUGGGCACCGAGACCGGGAUCCUGAAAGGGGUGAACCUUCAGCGCAAACAGGCGGCGAACUUCACGGCGGCAGGACAGCCGCGGCGCGAGGAGGCGGUGAGCGCCCUGUGCUGGGGCGCGGGCGGCGAGACUCAGAUCCUGAUGGGUUGCGCCGACAAAACAGUGAGGUACUUCAGCACCGAGGAGGGCAGAUUCCAGGGCCACAAGCACUGCCCCGGCGGGGAGGGCACGUUCCGAGGCCUCGCCCAGGUCGACGGCACCCUCAUCACAUGUGUGGAUUCUGGGAUUGUCCGGGUCUGGCGUAACAAUGACAAGGAAGCAUCCUCUGACCCACUCCUGGAGCUGAGUGUGGGCCCUGGGGUGUGCAGGAUGCGCCAAGACCCAGCACGCCCGCACGUGGUUGCCACGGGUGGGAAAGAGAAUGCUUUGAAGGUGUGGGACCUACAGGGGUCGGAGGAGCCUGUGUUCAGGGCCAAGAAUGUACGGAACGACUGGCUCGACCUGCGGGUUCCCAUCUGGGAUCAAGAUAUACAGUUCCUUCCUGAAUCUCAGAAGCUUGUCACCUGCACAGGGUACCAUCAGGUCCGUGUCUACGAUCCAGCCUCUCCCCAGCGUCGGCCAGUCCUAGAGGCCACCUAUGGAGAGUAUCCACUUACGGCCAUGACCCUCACUCCCGGGGGCAAUUCAGUGAUCGUGGGCAACACUCAUGGGCAGCUGGCAGAAAUUGACCUUCGGCAAGGACACCUACUGGGCUGUCUGAAGGGGCUGGCAGGCAGUGUCCGAGGAUUACAGUGCCACCCUUCAAAGCCCCUACUAGCCUCCUGUGGCUUGGACAGAGUCUUGAGGGUGCACAGGAUCCGGAAUCCACGGGGUCUAGAGCAUAAGGUUUAUCUCAAGUCUCAACUGAACUGCCUCCUCCUGUCAGGCAGGGAUGACUGGGAGGAUCAGCCCCAAGAGCCUCAAGAGCCCAAAAAGGCGGCCCUAGAAGACACAGAGACAGAUGAACUUUGGGCCUCCUUGGAGGCAGCCGCCAAGCGGAAGCUCCCUGAUUUGGAGCAGACCCAAGGGGCUCUCCAAACCAGACGGAGAAAAAAGCAGCGGCCUGGAUCCACCAGCACCUGAAGAGCCUGUGCUCACUUUGUAAAUAAACAGUUUAACACCCACCAUGACCCUGAGCCUUUUGUGAUGGGAGAAUGGAAAGAGGACUGGCUGCUCCCAGCGCUGGUGCAGCAGGAUAGCUGAUGUCACAAAAGCCAGGCGCGGGGCCUGGUGGGCUGGCGUGGGCGGCACGGAGUUCGGGGCCGCUCGGGACCAUGGGCUGCUGCCAAGACAAGGACUUUCAGGCCUCCGAUGAUCAGGCUAAGGAGGCUGAUUCGGAGGAAGUCGAAGGCACCGAAGAGGUCGAUAUGGACUCGCCGGACCAAAAGACUCUCAAGUCGAACGAAAGCCUUCUGAUCACCGUGCUGUGGCGGCGGCUAUCCCUGUGCAGCCGUCGGGGCUCUCGUGCAAACAAGAGGCACUCAGUCCAGAGUCAAAAGCAUGCGUUACAGCAGAGCAAGCGGGAGGGGAUCCUGGAGGAGCCGGAGAAGGGGUGACCCCAACCUGCUCUCAAUCUGCCCCAGCCUCCGGAGAAUAAAGUUUCUAACAUGUA